CCAUCGCCGAAUAUCAAGCUCCCAUCAAACAGCCAACACAAAGUAUUCGCAAACCCUCAUUCUGAGACUACAACCAAUUUCCCUGCAACUUCUACGCGUCUUCAAAGUUUCCAAGCACGCGCAAGCACGUCAAGAUGACGGAACCAUCUCCCGUCCCCGCACCCCAAACCGCAGAGACAGAACCAGUACUUGUAAACGGCCUGGAAUCGCAAGGCGUAGACGUGGUAAUGGCCGAUUCAAGCGCUCAGCAUCAGCUCUCUCCCAACCCAACUCUGACACACGCGCCUCAACCCUCUCUCCAACCCUCCGUCUCCACACAACCACCUACGCCUCAACCCGCACCUACGCCUGCUCCACCCGCAGCAGCAUCAUCCCGCAACUCUCCGCUCCCAACGCAACAAGCGCCCACACAACCGAUACCGCACGGUAGUCCGACGCGUGUCUAUUUGAAUCAGCAUGUUACGCCACAUUUGCUCGAGGCGAUGAAGCAUCUAGCGACUACAGAGCCAGAUAAGCCGCUGAAAUGGCUGAGUGAGUUUUUGGCUAUGAAGAGCGCUGAGAUUGAGGGCCCUUGAAAAACUUCAAGGAGCAUCUGGAAGCGACAAGCCAUCUAGGGACACAUGUGGAGCUAGUAGGUGAUAUGAGUUGGAGGAUAUCUUUAAAGGUCAUGAAGCAGAGCACGCGGAGACCUGGUGGCAUGGACAGGUACAUAGAAGCUUCAAAGUACAUGGGUUGGCGUUCAAAAGUACGACGGAUCGUUAGGCGUCAAAAGGGAUGAUACCCAGGCAGCAUCACGUUCACAACAAAGAGCACGCAGUGCACGUUUAUGUAUCCAAUU